CGCCAUCGUGUGGUGAAAUUACUGCAUGAUCACAUGUUGCAUUUAGGAAGUGCAGACUGCCCGCUGACGAUGUGUGCGAGUGUUGCUAUUAAAACACAUUGUACACUGACGGUCACAGACACCUGGACACUGGCCUCCGCGGUAUAAACACGAGUUCUACAUGUAGUUAUCGCAGUGGCUGACUAGCCUGAGCAGUGGAGCAGGGCUGCUUUAGCACCCAGUCAAGAUGGACACCGCAGAGGAAGCUGACAUCUGCCGGGUCUGCCGGUCAGAGGGGAGCCAUGAAAAGCCGCUCUUCCACCCCUGUGUUUGCACUGGCAGCAUCAAGUUCAUCCAUCAGGAAUGCCUACUGCAGUGGUUAAAACACAGCAGAAAAGAAUACUGUGAAUUAUGUAAACACAGGUUCGCAUUUACACCAAUCUACUCUCCAGACAUGCCAUCUCGCUUGCCUGUCCAGGAUAUCUUUUCAGGUCUGGUCACCAGUAUCGGAACAGCCAUAAGAUACUGGUUCCACUACACACUAGUGGCCUUUGCCUGGCUAGGCGUUGUGCCUCUCACAGCAUGUCGCAUUUACAAGUGUCUAUUUACUGGCUCUGUGAGCUCACUCCUCACCCUCCCAUUAGAUAUGCUUUCAACACAAAACCUGCUUGCAGACUGUCUCCAGGGUUGUUUUGUGGUCACUUGCACGCUGUGCGCCUUCAUCAGCCUGGUGUGGCUCAGAGAGCAGAUUGUCCAUGGUGGCCCCCCUCAGUGGUUGGAGCAGAAUCCACUGCCUUUGGUGCCCAACCAGCCCAACGGCCCUGCACCUGCUAAUGAGGUGCCAGGUGGUAACGCUGCAGUCAACGCCCAGGCUGCAGCUGACGCCGCAGCAGCCCAGCACCCUGCAGACCCUGCCGAAGACGGCCUGGCUCCUGGCAACCCACAUGAAGUCGGCAACCAGGGAAAUGGUGCUGAACCCGACGAAGACGACGAUGGGGAGGAGGAAGAAGAUGAGGAGGAGGAUGAGGAAGGAAGAGAAGAAGAUGCUGCUGAUGCCAAUAAUGGAGGACAAGAAGAUUUAAACUGGAACGCUCUGGAGUGGGACCGUGCAGCAGAGGAGCUGACCUGGGAGAGGAUGCUUGGACUGGAUGGCUCCUUGGUUUUCUUGGAGCAUGUCUUCUGGGUGGUGUCUCUCAAUACACUCUUCAUCCUUGUCUUUGCAUUUUGUCCAUAUCACAUUGGCCAUUUCUCUGUGGUUGGACUGGGCUUUGAGGACUAUAUUAAAGCUUCUCACUUUGACGGCCUCGUCACCACCAUACUGGGUUACAUCCUCCUAGCAGGAGCUCUCAUGGUUUGUCAUGUACUAGCUUCAUUAGUAAGAUUCCAGCGGUCCAGACGACUCCUGGGUGUCUGCUACAUUGUUGUCAAGGUGUCCCUGCUGGUUGUCAUGGAAAUAGGCUUGUUCCCACUGAUUUGUGGCUGGUGGCUCGACAUUUGCUCACUGGAAAUGUUCGAUGCCACCUUGAAAGACAGGGAGCAGAGUUUUGACUCGGCUCCUGGUACGACGAUGUUCCUCCAUUGGCUGGUCGGCAUGGUCUACGUCUUCUACUUUGCCUCUUUCAUCCUUUUGCUUCGAGAGGUUCUUCGGCCAGGUGUGCUGUGGUUCCUGAGGAACCUGAACGAUCCAGACUUUAACCCAGUCCAAGAGAUGAUCCACCUGCCCAUCUACAGACAUCUGCGGAGGUUUAUUCUCUCUGUGGUGGUGUUUGGUUCCAUAGUUUUGCUGAUGCUUUGGCUCCCCAUUAGAAUCAUUAAACUGUUCUUCCCAACCUUCCUUCCUUACAACGUCAUGCUUUACAGUGAUGCCCCAGUGAGCGAGCUAUCGUUAGAGCUGCUUUUACUUCAGGUUGUUCUGCCGGCCCUGUUGGAGCAGGGUCACACUCGCCAGUGGCUCAAGCGGCUUGUUCACGCCUGGACGUUCACAGCUGGAUACAUGCUUGACCUUCACUCCUACCUGCUCGGAGAUCAUGAAGAUGAGGACAACCAACCACUCAACAAUCCUCCCGGUCGCCAUAACAACAACCGAAUCCCAGGCCUAGGGGAGGGGCUUCACGCUGCCCAUCAGGCUAUACUGCAGCAGGGCGGUCCUGUGGGUUUCCAGCCGUACCACCGGCCUGUCCAAUUUCCCCUCAAGAUCAUUCUAUUGGUCGUCUUCAUGUGUGUGACGCUGUUACUGGCUAGUCUGCUCUGCCUGACGCUGCCAGUGUGUGUGGGUCGCUGGCUGAUGUCUUUCUGGAUGGGCAGUGCCAUGGUUCAUGAGCUGUACACAGCAGCCAGUGGGCUCUAUGUCUGCUGGCUGGCCAUCCGAGCCGCCACAGUGCUGCUGUCCUGGAUGCCACAGGGGCGAAGCAUCAUCAUGCUCAAAGUCCACGAGUGGACGCUCAUGAUUCUUAAGACCAUCGUGGUAGCUGUGCUGUUAGCUGGAGUGAUACCUCUGCUGCUGGGUCUGCUGUUUGAGCUGGUCGUUGUGGCUCCUCUCAGAGUCCCACUGGACCAGACACCACUCUUCUAUCCCUGGCAGGACUGGGCGCUUGGCGUGCUUCAUGCUAAAAUCAUCGCUGCCAUCACACUGAUGGGCCCUCAGUGGUGGCUGAAAACUGUCAUCGAACAGGUGUAUGCUAACGGUAUCAGAAACAUCGACCUCCAUUUCAUCCUGCGACGACUGGCUGCUCCGGUCAUCUGUGUCCUGCUGGUGUCUCUCUCUGUGCCCUACAUCAUCUCUCAAGGCAUUACACCACUGCUUGGUGUUCAGCCAGUGAUGCAGACGCUGGUGGAGAGGAGGAUCUAUCCGUUCCUGCUGAUGGUGGUCAUACUCUUGGCCAUUCUCUCCUUCCAGAUACGACAGUUCAAACGCUUAUACGAACACAUCAAAAACGACAAAUAUCUAGUCGGACAGAGACUUGUAAACUAUGAACGUAAGACGGGCAGGAGCACAUCCAGCGCCUCCCUCAGCAGCUCCUCGUAGAGCUGACUCUGCUGCGGGAUCAAUGGAGCUGACUCGCUCUGUCCAGCACUGGGAGCUCUGUGUUGAAACUUGACUGUGUACUUCAAACACGACCUUAACGUAUGACUGAGCUCUAGUUCCAACUAUCAGUACUGCCACAGCAGGUUUGGAGACAAAGACCUUCAACAGUUUCAACGUAAUUUUCUGAACAAGGUUGUUAACCCAAUCUGUGAAUACUGUCGGCAUGAGGAAAACUCUGCAGAACCACGACCGUGUUAAUCCUGUCUAAUGUGUUUGUUUUCAUGUUCAACGCAGCUGUCAUUUUAAGUGGUAAAGGUUUGCGAAGUCGGGUCAGUUGAGCGAAGCUUUUACAGCAGAUUGUGGUUCCCUUUGUUUUUUUUAAUGAGAUAUUGUUUAGGUCACACUGUGUCUCUGAACAGGACAUUUUCAGGGUUGCGAAGGAGGGUCUGCUCCUGUUUGUAUCAGAUGAGGUAGUCAGUGAUAGGGAGGGAAAAACAUCAUGUAGCAAUGUGAUUGUAUUUUUUUUUCUCCGAUUUUUUUUUUUUUUUUUAAAUUAGAUGUGUUUUCAUAGAUUUUUUUGUGUUUAGUUGCUGGAGUGAACUGUAAGCCUUAGAGGAUUCAUUUCAACUGAAGGUGUAGAAAAAGAGAGAGACACACUCUGGACAAAGCCCAGGACCUUUUUCUGUUCCCCGAUAUACUCUCCUGUGAAUUGUUAACAGCCCUGGUUGUGUACGACCUUCCUGAGCUUUUAUUUGGGUAAAAAAACAAGUGAAAUCCAGCGACAGAAGAGGAGUUUAUGAACCUGAAAAAAGGUCCCAUGUUGGGUUAGGGUUAGCAGCAUAUAAACGGUGUCAAAGAACAUUUAAAAAGUAAAAGUGGCCUUUCAGAAUCUCAGUAGGUUCUUGAGUAACACCUUUAGUUUCACCCUGAUUGCUUUAUAUAGAUAUUUAUUCUCAAAGAUUUAAAAAGUAAUUGUGAGCUGACUGGUCGUCUGUGGCCUGUUAUUCUGUCAAUCGGCUGUUCUGACUCUUACUUCCCUGUGUCCUGUUAUGAGACAACAGCUGAAACCAACUCUAAAUGACUAAACACUGAGUCAAGUCAUACAAAUGAAGGUUUCCCCAGCAGGAGAUCAGUCGGUGGAUGUGGCCACUGUUUACCUUUGACAUGUCAUACCUUUAAUCAUCUCAGGUUUUAGUUUGUCUUUUUUUAAAUUGAAUUUCCCUCGCUGUCCACUGUUAAUCAGUCAGGUUGUGACAGCAGUUGUCUAAAUGUUUGGCCUUUGUAGUGGGAUUGUUUCUGGAGGAAGCUUCAGCUGCUCUCAAAGUUCACACGUGACCCACUUGAUCAUCAUUAAAUAGAAAUGGGAAUAUUCUCUCUCCACAUCUUAGAACCAGGAGAUAGUUAGCUCACCAUAGCAUAGCUUGGCAUAAAAACUGGAAACACAACAAGACAAACUCUACACAAUGUCACUUUGCAGUAUGACAAGGGAGUCUGCUCUUCAUCUGGCCUCAAGACACAAGUGUUCUCAUUUAGCAAGAGAAUAAACAUACACUGUAUAUAAUUAAGUAUUUGGUAUAAUGUAUGUCAAAUCUAUGACAAAUCCAUGACAAUUGAAUUGAAGAAUUUUUAAAACAGAUGUUUGAAAGACCAGUCAUAGUAUCUGAAACAAGCUCCUGCCAUUCUUUCAUGGGGAGAUGUUAUCUUUUAAUUUGUUUAAUUUUGUUUAUAUUUUUGACGAGAGUCAAGCAGAGAUUAAAAUGUUUUUGUUGUCAUGCAAAUGUGUUAAUGGGCUGCACUUUAUUACACUGUUAGAAAUAAUCUCAGUCUGUGUGUAAGUGGGUCAACACAGCAGGGUUUGUGUGUUCUUCACUGAGGUGUCACUGUUUCAUUGUGGUGACCCUGCACAACAUGUUUCACAUCAAAGGCGAAUUUCAGUUUAGCGUCUGUUGUUGACACUGUAUCUGUCUUAGUGUUUUCACUUGGAGUUUGGUAAAUAUAAAUUGCUUUUCUAUUGAUAGGGAUUGUGAAUGACCUUAACUUUAGUGCUGACGGCUAUAGUAUAGCUGUGUGGAAUGCUCACAUUAUAUAUGAUGCUAUAAAGUGACCUUUUAGUAUCUUGUUGAACUGAGCUGGACACUUAACAUUUUGGUCUUGGAAUUUCAAUUUUUUGAAUCAAAUGAUUUCUAUUUUUAUAUGUGCAAAAAAGCAGUGGCAUGUACUGUAACACAAACGUAUAAACUUAAAGGUCACUGUUGGUUCGCUAACAUGAAACAAUAAUAAAUCACUGUAUUGAG